GCUAGGGUUACACUGCUUUUCUGUGUUGCAUUGGAAGGAAAGAAAUUUUUUGGCGCCGGAGCUCCCAAAUUCAGCAGCCAUGGCGAGCACAAAAGUCCAGAGGAUUAUGACUCAACCAAUUAACCUCAUCUUCCGGUUCCUCCAGAGCAAAGCUCGUAUUCAGAUUUGGCUUUUCGAGCAGAAGGAUGCGAGGAUCGAAGGCCGCAUCAUUGGCUUUGAUGAAUACAUGAAUUUGGUUCUGGAUGAUGCUGAGGAGGUCAACGUCAAGAAGAAUAGCAGAAAGCAACUUGGUAGAAUCCUUCUAAAAGGAGAUAAUAUAACGUUGAUGAUGAAUACGGGGAAAUGAUGCUAAAAGGUAACUUCAUCUUCUCCGUAAAACUAGAUUAAAAAUGCAAUAGGUGAAAUCCAGAGGCGACUGGCUAGUAAUGUGUACCUCAGAUUUCUGGCAGCGAGUUUGUAUGAGAAUGCCUUGUUUAGUUAAAUUCUAUUUUAAACAACUUUAUCCGGUAUUUUAAUUGUAUCUCAUCACUGUUUCUCAGUCGAGCCUUCUCUGUAUACAUUUGUGUCUUGUUCAAUGAACUGCUAGCUAGCACUUGAAAAUAGGAAUGAGGUAAACUGUUUCUUAUUUUUUA